AUGGGAAGCAAAGGCCGCAUGCCACCGCCACAGCAUUUACGCCGCCCGCAUCCACAUCCACCAGGUCCCGCCAUGCUCCACCACGCGCUUCCACCACCAGCUCCCGGUCCAUUCGAUCUCAUGCCGCCGCCUGCGGUAAUGGAACAAAAACUCGCGUCACAGCACGGCGAAAUGCAGAGAUUAGCCACUGAGAAUCAGAGGCUGGCUGCCACACACGGUGUUCUGAGACAGGAGCUUGCGGGGGCGCAACAUGAGCUGCAGAUGUUGCACGCGCAUGUGGGAUCGCUUAAGACGGAGAGGGAGCAGCAGAUGCGGUCGGUGGUUGAUAAGAUUGCGAAGAUGGAGGUGGAGUUGAAGGCGGUGGAGCCGUUGAAGAUGGAGUUGCAGAAGGCGCGUGGAGAGGCGCAGAGUUUGGUGGUUGUGAGGGAGGAGCUUAUGGCGAAAGCUCAGCAUUUGAAUCAGGAGAUUCAGAGGGUUCAUGUUGAUGUGAAGCAGAUUCCGGCUCUUAUAGCAGAGCUUGAGCGGCUCAGACAAGAGUAUCAGCAUUGCAGGUAA